AUGAGGGAUUCUAAUCCCAAGCAUUCUUAUGCGCAUAUGGUGGCAAGUGGAAACGCUGGAAAUAUGGCCUCUCAAUCUUUCUAUGGGGCGGAUGAUAUUGAAGUCCGUGAUGAAGACUGUGUUAUUGAUGAUUCCGGUCCGAUAACCAUGAUCAAGUUUUCGGAUCGCGUUCAUGAUCAGAUUGAUCAAUCAAUGAAUCAGGUUCUUAUUAUCCGUUUGCUGGGCCGUUCAAGUGGUUAUCGAACUUUGUUGAGCCACUAUGUCAAGGCGCUUACGGAAGGCCCUUGGACUAUCUACGGCAGUUAUUUGACGGUUCAGCAGGCGUUGAGUAGGUCAUUCUCGAUAUCUGAAAAGCACCCGUCUCAGAUCCUGGCGUGGGUCAGACUACAUGGUUUGCCAUACAUCAACUACUCUAAAUCUUUAUUUCGUAGAAUUGCUGACGCAGUUGGCAAGGUUGUGCGGGUGGACUACAAUACCCAGACAGGUGGUAGUUGUACUCUCAACGCUGAGAAGAAAUUGGAUGGAAUUGUUAUGUUUGCGGAUGAUAGUAAUAUGCACAGUAUGGAACUUUUUGAUGAUAUCCAAAAUGUGAAAUGGUUCGGGGCAGUUUCGGUCGGAAUACUUGCUAACUCGGCUAAUUCCGAUGAGAUGGCCAAUCAGAAGAAAGAGGAAGAGGAGAAUCCCCCAAUGUUGGUUCAAGGUCCGGCUUGUAACGCGUCUAAUAUGUUGGCGGGGUGGCAUACGUUUAACACGUCGCCCUUUGCCGGAAAAAGUUCUGCUUAUAUUGACGGCAGAGCAACCGUGCUGCCUAGGAUGUUGGAGUGGUCGGGAUUCGUUUUAAAUUCUAGAUUGCUUUGGAAAGAUGGAGAUAAGCCGGACUGGAUUAAGGGCGUGGAUACAUUGGAUGGGGAUAUCGAGAACCCAUUGAGUUUGAAUAAAGACCCUUCGGUGGUGGAACCAGUUGGAAGCUUUGGACGUCAAGUUUUGCUCUGUUGGCAUCGAGCUGAAGCUCGUACUGAUAGCAAGUUCCCUCCUAGAUGGAUAAUAGACCCACCUUUGGGGAUCACCGUUCCGUCAAAACGCACUCCAUGCCAGAUACUCCCCACGAACUCCCUGCUAAUGGAAAUCCAGUGA